AUGGCCUUUAAAGCCGGGUUGAAGUCCAGGCAGUUUAUGGUCUUGCUCGUGAAGAAUCCCCCACGGAUGAUGGUGGAAAUGCUUUUGAAGGCUCAGAAGUACAUGAACGUUGAGGAUGCUCUAGCAGCAAUCAAAGAGAUUAAAGACGAGCACUACCUCAAGUCGCCAUGGCCAUUACACUCGUCGUCUAAUGUUCAUGACAAGAGGAAAUACUGUCGUUUCCAUAAAGAUCAUGACCAUUACACAGAAGAUUGCAGAAACCUGAAGGAGCAGAUAGAGGAACUCAUACGAAGAGGGAAGUUGCAAAAAUUUGUAAAGAAGGGAGAUUCCAAUAGGCCUAGGGACGAUAGCAGGGACAAGCUGGAAGCCUCUUCAAGAGAUGAAGACCACAAGCCACAUCAUCAGCAGAAUGAAAUAGGAGAAAUAAAGAUGAUCACAAGAGGGCCAUCCACAAAGGGGUCGUUCAGAUCCCUCAAGAAGUCAUACCAGAAGCAGGUCAAUAGCAUUCAUAGGAUACCACCCCUAAAGCAAAGACGAACGGACAGGGAUAUCCUAUUCUCAAAGGAAGAUGCCAAAGGAGUGAAGCAGCCACAUGACAAUCCCCUUGUUAUCAUGCUUAUGAUAGAAAGGUUCAACACUAGGAGAAUCCUUAUAGACAACAACAACUUUGUAGACAUUAUCUACCUUUCUACUUUUCAACAGUUGAAGGUGGCCCCCGAAAGGUUGCAUCCAUUUGACUCCUCACUUGUCAGCUUCAGUGGAGACAAAGUGUAUCCCAAAGGCAUAGUGAUGCUGAUAGUCACAGUAGGGGCCGAAACAAUUGACUCGUCAACUAAACUUCCUAGUGACGAGGCAAAAGGAGAUCAAGUGUUGGCUAGGGAAUGCUACCAAGCGGUGUUAGCUACAAAGGAGAACCAUACGUGGAUGAUUGAGAAGAAAGAAGAAGAGAAGGUGGAAGCCCUAGAGACUGUGGAGCUGGUAGAUGGAGAACCAAUAAAGACGACUAGGAUGGAACAAUCCUGA